UCCGAUUGUGGAGAAAUUUCCGGGACAAAGUGAGUGAUUAGUGCGAAAACUUGGGAAAACACACACACACACUUUGACCAAAUGUGUGCUGAAGAAGUGAUCCUCAUCGGAGGACUGUUCAGAAAUAAUAGUCAUUAAAAUAAUGCCAAGUGCUUCAGCAUCGUGAUGAGAAGUAUCGAAAGGAUGGGGACAUCGGUGUGGAUGUGCUUGCUUUUGAUUUUCCACCUGCGACGAUCUGUUGCUGCACACGGAUACGGCGAAGGAUAUCGACCAGAUGGCGAAGUACAGAAAGUCCUGGUGAAUGGCACAGCACAAAUAAGAUGUGAUGUCUCUUCGAAUCUGCCCAACGACAAAGUUCUCCUUGUUGUUUGGUACAAGAACAAUCUUCCAAUCUACAGCUACGACACCCGCGGAGCGCACUCGGGCAGCCCGUCACAUUGGCGGGACGAGGAGGUGCUGGCGGAUCGCGCCGUCUUCAAGUCAGUCGGCGGGCCAGCGGAAUUAAUCAUAAAUCCAGUCAUGGAGAAGGAUGGUGGAAAUUUUCGCUGUCGAGUCGAUUUCAAACUUUCACCGACAAGAAAUAGUAACGUGAACUUAGAAGUAGUUGUUCCACCCUCACCACCGAAAAUUUUCAACGAGAACCGGGACUCCGUGGAGUCUCGCGCCGGUCCCUACGAAGAAGGGGGUGAUCUGCAUUUAAUUUGCGUAGUUGUUGGAGGAUCUCCAACGCCGACAGUCACGUGGUCGAGCAAUGGCCAAAUGCUCUCGAGUACAAUGCUAGAUUUCUCAUUUCCUACCGCCGUGAAUAGUAAACUUGUAGUUCGUAACCUGUCGAGAAUUCACCACCACACAGUCUACACGUGUCAAGCGAGCAAUUUCCACAAGAGAGUCGUCUCCACCAAUGUCACCAUCGAGCUGUACCUUCGACCACUUUCCGUGGAAAUCCUCUUUGGGAAUCAACCCCUAUCGGCGGACCGGCGCUAUGAAGUGCAAUGCCAAACGGUGGGCUCGAGGCCGCCGGGGAAAAUUACAUGGUGGAUGAGUGGCGUUGAACUGAAAGCCUCAAAUGUGAAGGUAUCAUCGGAUGGCAACGUGAGUUUAUCAACAUUGAAUUUUACACCCACACGACAAGACCACGGCAAAACACUUGUUUGUCGUGCCACUAACGAGCUGGUUAAGCGCGGAAUGAAGGAAACAUCGAUGAAAUUGAAUGUGUUCUUUAUUCCGACUCUUCAGCUGGACUUGGGAUCAAAUUUAAAUCCGGAAGAUAUCGAGGAAGGAGAUGACGUGUACUUUGAAUGCAAAGUGCACGCUAAUCCAGCUGCAUACAAAGUUGUGUGGAAACAUAAUGGACAAACGGUGCAGCACAACCACAAAGCCGGUGUGAUAAUGAGCAGCAGUGAUUUGGCUCUGCAAGGGAUUACGAGGCAUCAGGCCGGAAAUUACACAUGUAUCGCCUCGAACGUCGAGGGCGACGGCGAGAGCAAUGUUGUCGAGCUGCGAGUUAUGUAUAAGCCAAUCUGUCGACCGGACCAGAAGCGAAUUUAUGGCGUGGCACGGAAUGAAGCCGCCGAGAUACUGUGCGAAGUGGACGCAUAUCCGGCGCCCGAAACAUUCAAAUGGUCCUUCAACAACACGGCGGAAACGUUCGAUAUGCCCCAAAGUGGCUACCGGGUCCACUCGGCCCAGGCGUCCACAUUAACGUACACACCUGUGAAGGAAAUGGACUUUGGCACAAUUAUGUGCUGGGCAGAUAAUGUUGUCGGACAGCAAAAGGAGCCAUGUGUGUUCCAUCUGAUAGCGGCCGGGAAGCCAGAUAUGCCCUACAAUUGCACCUUAAUCAACCAAACGUCGGACUCUCUGGAGGUCGAUUGCGCCGAAGGGUUCGACGGUGGACAACGACAGUGGUUCAUCAUGGAGAUAUUUGAUGAGCAAACAGGACUACUGCAAGCAAAUGUGUCUUCCAAGUUACCUCUAUUCGCAGUCGGUGGUCUAGACGCUGGACGUCUGCUGAAGAUAUUCAUUUAUGCCGCCAAUGUCAAGGGUCGCAGCGAUUCUGUGACCGUUCAGGCGUUCACGCUGAAAGCGGCUGAGAAGCAAACAGGACGAGAUGGGAAGCACAAUCAAUUCGAAUUAGCGUCGAUACUAUCAGUUGCAAUAUUUAUCGGUGUGCUAACAGUAUUAGUGUGUAUCGGAGUGGUCAUGUACAUCUUGAGGCUGCGCACCGGAGCACCGCACAAUCACCAUCAUCACCAGCACAAGAGCAAGAACAACAAUAUGACACGUCCUGGGAAUUUGCCGAUCAAGGAGAAAAUUUCCUUGCCACUGAGUCAAUCUGAGGAUUUGUACGAUGAGAAGAAUCCCGAUGUUGUGCCGUACAAUGAAGAUCCUGACUACAAAAUGAAAUCAGCUGCCCAAACUCCGGCCGCACACCAUAAUUCACGCUCAAAUGAUCCCGAAGUUGUUGGCAGAAUGGUGGAUGAUAGGAAAACAUAUUUAGCUACGCAGGAUGAGCUGCACUACGCAGAGCUGUCGCUGGCCGUGUCGAAGCACAUAGAGAGCAGCGGCGGCGCGCCGCCGGCGGGUCUGCUGUGCUCCGGCAGCAGUAAGCAGCUGGCGCCGGGGCCCACGGGCACGCCCUCGCAGGACGCCGGCCAGAAGAAGCCGCCCGCCUACAACUACUUCGACGAACCCACCAUCUAUGCUCAAAUCGACCACGGCUACAAGGCGGCGGCGAACGCGCCGCCCGCCACCUCGCCCUCGUCCGCCGCCUCGGCGCAGACGUCCACGCUCUACCCGGCGAAGCCGUUCCUGCGCGAGAUCGUCACGAUGCGAACUCCGCUCGUGUUCACGCAGCAGGAGAGCUGCGUGUAAUCGCCGCCGCGGCGCCCCAAUCAGCUCUGACUAAUCCUGCAAAAUGUACAUUUUUCGGCGCCACGCCUAGGAUAAUUUUUCUGUCACUCUUAAACAGGAAAAAAGACACUGAAUCUUCGGACGAUCGAUCGCAAAGAUUAUUUCGCAUCCAUCACAAUAAUAUAAUAUGAAUAAUAAGAAGAAAUGACGAAGAGUUGAGGAAAAAUCCGCGAAAAGUUCUGUUCAAUCAAAAGAAAGAAGAAAAGAAAAAGAAAUAAUAAUGGUGUUAAAUGUUGUUUUCUCAUUGUACUGAAGUGAUCAAAGAUUUUUUACACACUCUGUCUAAAAAUUAUUACAACGAUUUGAGAGGCAAAAGCAAAAAAAAAAACCAUUGAAAACUUUAUCUGAAAACGUGGACAAAAUUUGCGUAAAAGAACUACUUUUCAUAUCAUCUAAUUCCUUCCAAGUAAAAUAUUUAAAAGAAGAAAAAAAAACGAUUAUUUUUUCUCAUUAUUAUUGUAACUUUCAUAACAUGAUAUAAAUUAUUGCAUAAGGUUUCACUCAUUCAGCAUUUAGCGAAUCUCUAUCGAGACUUUUUGGAUGGUUAAGAAGCAGCAAUAAAUAGAGGAGAAAUCCAAAAUCAUCCCAUCAAGGAAAAACCCAAGAAAACCACUCGACAAGUGAUCCUCCUGUUUUACAGGUGACCAUCGAAAUUCCACUGCAUUUCCCCAACUUUGGAGCUUUGAAAAUGUCAUUUCCAAAAUAGAACAAUUCGUUAGAAACUCAGGAAUCGACAAUUCUAGAAUUUAGCCUAAUUCUCCUUCCCAAACUUCCAUAAAUUAAUGACAAAUAAACUGAGAAAACAAGGAUAAUUUGCAAGAAU